UUUGUGCCAAAGAGGAUUAGACGUAGGGGAUCAAAGAAGACAUCUGAUUUAAGAACUACGGUCACCACCGCGACUGGUCAAGAUGAUUUAGAAAAUCCUAUUCAUCAGGCGUUGCAACCUAGACCAAUUGUGGAUGCUUUGCUGGUAAGUCUUAAUUUUGCAUCUAUUAAAAAUAUUUUCAAUUCUGUUUUUUUACAGUCAUUUUAAGCUUAAGUUCUUCUAGCAUGUACUCUAUAAAUUAUAUUUGGGUGUACCACAUGUCCGGAAAAGAUCGGGAAAGAAAUCAUGGAAGUUUAUGGGAAGUUGGCAUAUUGGCAUGUUAAAAAAAAAUUAAGGAAAACUGAUAUCUGAUGCCUUUUCACCUAAACAAGACUUAAACCUAUUAAUACAUCACUGUAUACAUGCAAUAUAAAAUAUCCUAAUUGCAGACCCUUGGUAUUCAUAAUUAUUUUUGAUUUUGUUUAAUAUUUUAUAUCUAAUGUUAAAUAUUUAUUUGUAGUUUGGGUUUUCUGUCCCGUAGUUUCUAGUGCAUCUUGUACAUGUAUGAGGAGGUUAGACGUUUUGCGAGUUGGCACAAAUUGUUUUUGGUUUGUAACCCUGGGGCGCAUAAAAAAUGUGUUUUUUUCAAAGUAGCUAUGUAGGUUACUCAUAACUAGAUGUAAUGUGGUACUUGUGCUUAUGCCAAACAAAAUCAAUCUUUUACCUUACAAAUUUUUUAUCCUCUACCAUCAGGAAGUCAAAUAUGUGAUUGUUGAAAGAGAACCCAGGGAUAACAUUUGGAUCUAUCAUUGCAAAUGUGUUGAAGGCACAAGGUGAACAGAUUAUUUGCAGUCACUGUCAUCAACAGUCACAGGAGAUAGUUACGUACACGCAUAUAAACUGAUAAUAAUUUAUAAAAAUCUCCAUUAAAAUUAUUCAUCCAAAUCACAGUUUUAAUGUAGACAAUAACUGUAUCUCAUAUGCACAUUCAUUUAAAUGCCAUUCAUUUCUGUUUAUACAUUAGGAGACAACUGCUGUUCCCAUCCUCUUUCUUACAGCUUCUCUUUUUUAUUGUUGCCAAUUCUUUCUCCAGUCUCCUUUAAGCACCUUCAUGAGCUAGUCAAAUGUUUUUUCUAUUGAGUUCUAACAACCUGAGUUGUGAAAUGAAAGGUCCCAACUACUAGUAGCAGGAUUAUAAGCUGUCUUCAUGUAGUUAUUUUGUUUUUAAUCUGACCCCUGUGUCUUUGACUGUGUCCCCAUGCCCCUGAGCCAUAAUUUUCUUCUUUGCAUUUCAGUAUUAAAUUGAGUAAUGAACUAUAUCUAGAAAUAAGUAUUGUUUAUUAAAUGUUUCUCACAGCUUCAACUGCAGCAAGUUCUGUUUAUGGGAAUUGCAUCCAUAUUGAAGCGACUGAAAAGGUGAUGGAAAGCUUUGAC